AUGCUGCUCUCCAUGUUUGAAAAGAUUGAAGGGUUGGAAUUCAAGCCUACUCGGAUGACUCUUCAACUAGCAGAUAGAUCUCUGAAAUAUGCUUAUGGGGUAGUUGAAGAUGUGCUUAUGAAGGUAGACAAAUUUCUAUUUCUUGUGGACUUUGUUAUCAUGGAGAUGGAAGAGGAUGUGAAUGUACCUCAUAUUUUGGGGAGACCUUUCAUGAAGACUGCAAGAGUUUUGAUUGAUGUGGAAAACGACAAGCUGAAAGUGAGAGUGCAAGAUGAAGAAGUAAAUUUUGAUGUUUUUGAAGCCAUGUCUCACCCAAAGGAUAACAAGGAGUGUUUUCAUCUUGAUCCUCUUGAUGAAAUUUGCAUGAUACAAGAAAAGAAAACAAGUGAUACUUUUUCUUUGGAGGAGAUGCUAGUUGACACCUGUGAAGAAUUGAAUGAAAAAGAAGAAGAACUGAUUGAUGAGUGCUUGACUGAAUUGGAAGAGUUGAAAGAAGAUCCGUUAUAG